UUCUUUUCUAAAGCAGACAAGCAAGUCUAUUGGAUUGUCGCUCUAAUGUGCAUUUCCAAAAUACCUAUCCGUUGCGCUGAUAUUGGAGGGUUUUGGUGGUGAAUUAAAAUCUGCAAUUAUGUUGAUAACUUGUGGUUUAAUGAUUAGAAAUACAAUGCUAGCUUGCUGAUAACUUCGUCCAGUUAAUAAUUAUAAUAAAAACCUCCACUCGUUCCAGUGAUUUUUUUUAAUCAAGAACUCUACAAUUUUUAGGUGUUACUUACCAGCUGAUACUGUUCCGAUCGCUACCUAUUCGGAAAUACAAUCUUUAAGAAUACUUUGAAAACUAUACUGAUUCCAGAGGUUCGUGUGAAGUGAUGCAAAUUUUGACAUUUUAAAGACAGUUUGAAUUCGACCGAUGCUUAUUGAGUGAUAUUUCAGGGACAGUUUCAAUUUGAAAAUUCAACAAUUUUCUCUACAGUUUUUGUGAGUGAUACCUUUCAACUAAUGCUACUCCUAAAGUUAUCGAUCUGGAAAUACAUGCUUUAGGAAUACUUUAAAAACUGUACUGAUUUCGGAAAUCCGUACCAAGUAAAACAAAUUUUGAUGUUUCAAGGACAGUACUCUUUCAACAGAUACUACUCUUAAAGUUAUCUAUCUGGAAAUACAUGUUUUAAGAAUACUUUGAAAACUGUACUGAUUUCGAAGAUCCGUACUAAGUGAUGCAAAUUUUGAUGCUUCAAGGACAGUACUCAUUUGACUGAUACUUUUUGGGUGAUACUUUAAAGACAGUUUUAAUUCAAAAAAUACUACAAUUUUCUCUACAGCUUGUAGGUGAUCAUUUCCAACUGAUACUGUUACUUACGUAACCUAUCUGGAAAUACAAGUUUUAAGAAUACUUUGAGAACUAUACUGAUACUAGAGAUCCGGAUCAAGUGAUACAAAUUUCGUUAUUCCAGAGACAGUACUAGCUUUAUAUAAGGAUAUAUUAAGUAUAGUACUAAUUUGACAGCUGCAUUUUAAGGGAUACAAAUUUGAAUGAUACUUGCGGAUUUAAAUUGAUCAAAAUGAAUAUGUUUCGUAAACAAGAUUUUAUGACGGAGUGGAUGGAUGAACCUAUACCUAUGUAUGAUUUCAUUAACAAUUUCUCUUUGCCCCAAGUUGUGAAAAUUCAUGAAGGUGAAAAUAAAAAGUUUCAAAACCCUGGCAACUUUAAUCUUGUAAAACCCAUAUUAUUAUUCAAAGUAUAUACUUGUCGAAAAAUACACGGAAGAGCUGUUACUGUAAAUGAGAAAGGAGAAGUAAUACCAUCUGGGCCUUCAUUAAUAAUACCGGACACAUAUCCAGGUUGGAUGUCUUUAGUAAUGAAAGAUGGGAAAACUGCUGGAUAUUUUUCUAGCAUUGGAGAUGUUUCUAGAUCAUCUUGGUCUUUAUUUCUUGUACAAGAUCAAGUUAUUGGUCUGAAAUCUACACCUGAAGGCCUGCAACGUGCAAUUGUGUAUUCAGGAGUUGUUUUAAAAGCUGUUGGAAGUUUUGAAGACCAAAAUCGACAAUCUCUUAUUAAAGACUAUAAAGGUUACAUUCACCCAGACCUUAUGAUGUAUCUAAAAUGCCUAACCCAGAAAGGAGAAAUUAUAUUUCUUCCUUACAGCGCACGAGGAAGAUUUUAUUGCAUAUCAACCCCUGAAGCUCAUACAAUAAAUCAUGUGUAUCUUUUAUCCAAUUUGCUACGUGUCACUACUUUACCAGCUCUUGUUCGUAUCAUUGUUGGUCCAAAAGCAAGCGUUGCGUUGCCCUUGACAAAUAUUCUACAACUUGAUGAAAUUCGACGUGAGACAAUAAUUCUUGGUUGUACUAUGAUUGAUAAUGAACCAACUCUACUUGAAAUAAAUGCUAGCUCAGAGUUUUCUUUCAUUAGAGUGAAAAACGAAGCAGCCGUUCAGAUGUCAGAGGCAUAUCAACGAAUGUGCCAUAUGUGUGUAACAGAAGGAGACAAAUGGCGACAGCAAAUACGAGUUGCUCAUUAUGUAGUACCUAAAAAAGAACCAUUUAAAAUGAUUUCAAAACUUCCAUUUAUGCCUCCUGGUUUUAUUCCAUAUGGUUCAAAUAGACUCCGCUCAAACAAAGAACAAAAACAAAUUCUCCCAGAAUGUGACUUUAUUGACUUUUGUCGGCAAUCCGGCCGGGAGAGUAUAUUUCCUAAAAGAUUCUGGAUGUUUCGACGAUCAAGAAGAUAUGAACCAUCAAAAAGGAGCGAAAGAAGUCAUCGAACCAAUUUUGAUGUCAUCAGAGGAUAUUAUACAAAAGGCAAAAGUGGACGUAGUAUGAUUUUGAAUUUGCCCUAUCGAAGUUCUUUGAGAAUUAUUAAAGAUACAAAGAAGGAUUCGUUAAGACGAACAAGCUCAGAUGAUGGAUAUGCUACUUCAUUUAUGGAAGACGAAUCAAUAUAUAAUUCAAUUUAUUAAGCAACAUAUUAUUUAUUGAAUAUAUACAACAUAUUCAAUUUAUUAAGCAACAUGUUAUUUGGUGCAAUUUUAAAAUCCUUUUUCACAAAUUUUGUCAUGUUUGACAUUUCCCUUCUAAGCUUUCAUUAAGUUCUCGUAUUAUUACGGCUCACUUGAUGUAUAAAUGCCACAGCCAGUAGACUGCACAAAAGCCAUUGGUUUUUGCUGUUUAGUACUACUGUGCUCCGUCUACAAGCACACUUUUCAUUUUGAAAAUGUACUUUCUGCAUUUAUUCAUUACAUUUUCAUAUUUGUAUAUUUUUUGAAUAAAAUAU